UCGAGGAAGUGGAUAGGAGAGGCAAACUCGAGCGACAGAGAAGAGUUUGUUGUUUAUUCCCCGCUCAGAGAGGAUAAAACAGCACCGCAGCCUUUUCAAAAUGUCGGGAUAUGAUAGCAACCCGUUUGCAGAUCCUACCAGCGAGAACCCUUUCAAUGAUCCUUCGGUCACACAAAUGACCAACUCCAGCACUGAACCAGUUGACCAGUACAGCCCUUUCCCUGCCCAGUCCACAGAUGGCCUAGCUACUCAAACUACUCCAGCCUCCACCUCUCCCUACCAGCCUGCGGUGUUACAGCCAUCUACAGAGCCCAGUCCACAGGCAGCUGCUGCUGCAGCUCAGGUCAACCUGCUGAGGCAGCAGGAGGAGCUGGAGAGAAAAGCUGCUGAGCUGGACCGCAGAGAGCGGGAACUCCAGAACAGAGGCCCGACAGGUAAAGAGAAUAACUGGCCUCCACUCCCCAGAAACUUCCCCAUCAAACCGUGUUUCUAUCAGGACUUCUCAGAGGAAAUCCCCCCAGAGUAUCAGAGAGUGUGCAAGAUGAUGUACUAUCUCUGGAUGUUGAACUGUGUGACUCUAUUCCUCAAUCUGCUGGCUUGUCUGGCUUACUUCACCACUGGUUCGAACCAGGGUGUGGACUUUGGCCUCGCCAUUCUCUGGCUCAUCCUAUUCACUCCCUGCUCCUUCCUCUGCUGGUACCGGCCCGUCUACAAGGCCUUCAAGACUGACAGCUCCUUCAGCUUCUUCUUCUUCUUCUUUGUGUUUUUCUGCCAAGUGGUGAUCUUCAUCAUCCAGGCUGUGGGCAUCCCCCACUGGGGGAACAGUGGCUGGAUCUCUGCCUUCACUGCCAUCUCUGGAAACAAGGCAGUGGGAGCCAUCAUGAUCAUAGUGGCCAUCCUCUUCACCAUGUGCGCCGUGCUGUCUGUCAUCCUGCUCAAGAUGGUCCACAGCAUGUACCGCCGGACCGGAGCCAGUUUCCAGAAGGCCCAGCAGGAAUUCUCGCAGGGCGUCUUCACCAGUAAAACCUUCCAAACAGCCGCCGCUGGUGUAGCUUCCUCCGCUGCCCAGGGAACCUUCCAGGGAAACAACUAAUGGUAGAUUGAGCUAAGAUAAGCUCCAUUGAACAGGUCAAGGUCUAUAUGUUAUCAGGUCAGGAUGAUUAACCAAACUAACGCUGAAUUAUUGAGGAAGCUUAGAUUCACGGACGACUUGGUUGGUACCGAAGUAGCAGUGAUUCUUCCUGGAAGUUAUUGGUACUCUGGGAACAGCUCCUGCCUUUUGGAGUCUGUGUAGCCUCAAAAUAAUAAUCUAACCUUAUAAUGUAUGGACCUUGAGCUAGGUGAGGCUACAUCAUUAGCCUCCCUCCUUUCACCCUCACCAUCGAUGCACAUGUAAUUCCCCAUGUUAGCAUGUAAAACGCAGUCAAGGGGAAAGUCACACAUUAGUGCGUUUUCAUUUUGAGGUGGAAAGUAUGAAUGAAGUUGACUGAUAGCUAUUUCAGUUUGUCCUGGCUUUGUAUAUUUUGUGUGCACUUUCUGGCAAUGCUUUUCAGUGUAAUGUGUGAUUUUGUGUGUGUGUGUGUGUGCGUGUGUGUGUGUGUGUGUGUGUGUGUGUGUGUGUGUGUGUGUGUGUGUGUGUGUGUGUGUGUGUGUGUGUGUGUGUGUGUGUGUGUGUGUGUGUGUGUGUGUGUGUUAGGGGGGGAGGGUUACUGGCAUUCUGGUCACAUAUAUUCAUGUGGGGGACAGUAUGCUUGUGUUUUUCCACACUGAUGUGUGGAUCCUGAUCGUGUAAUAUAAGUAAGAUGAAGCGAAGCUUUUCUGUUUGUCAUUCAUUGGCAUUUGUUCUGUCCUGAAAAGCAUUUCUCAUUGAUGUUGAAGCCUGUUUGGAAAACCCUGUUGUUUUGUUGUGUGCUGCAAAUUUCGUUCUAAGAAGAGAAAGAAAAAGAAAACACAUAAAUCAUCAUAAUGUAGUUCAUUGUGAUCUUUGUGGCAUUAGAUUUUGGGAUAUUACUGUAACUGUUCAUUUAAUUCUGGGGUCAUUCAUUGAAUAUGGAAGAAUCCUAAGGAUAGACUGGCAGCCUCCCCCAUCACUGGGGGAUACUUGUAAUACUGUCAGUUUUUAAAACGUGCCUUUGACUUCUGUCUGGAACCAAAAUUGUGCUUUGACAUUUUGAAAAAAAAAACAAAACAAAACAGAAAAUUAAAUUCCUUCUUUAUUUUAGUUAACAGAGAGAACAUAAUUUUAUUUCACUUUAGGGUAAAUUUCCUUGCUAAAUUAAUAAACUGUUGUUAUAUUUUUUUUUCUUUAUCACUAUGGUAUUAACAGUUUUUGAUGCAGCUUCAACUAUAAAUUUGAACACUGCCUUGCUCAAGAGUUGUUUCUAAAGAAACCAAAGCAAUACUGACUAGAAAAAGGAAAAACUUUGCCAAUAAAUUUACACAGAGUAGAUUGACUCAGCCCAUUUGGCUGAGUUGAUCCAUUCUGACAUCUUCCUCUGUUAAUUUCACUACUAACUGUAAAUGUAGGAGGAGUUGGAACAGUUCUUUUUUUUUUAUGUAUUCAUGAUUUUUGAAUGGAAUAAGAUAUUCAGCCAAGACAAAUCAUUUCAAGUAAUCAGAAAAUACCCCAGAGGUUUUCUCAGAAUUCAUGGCGCUCUAAUGAGGUUUGAUGGUCUCGGGUAUGAGAGGAGAGGCAGGACAUCCAGUCCCAGUUUUCCCUGAUGUGUGUGUGCGUAUUUUCUGCCAGAGCAGUGUGAUGAAAUUGAAAUUUGCCAUAAGACUUACCUUUCUAUGAACGGAUCCAGUGUCUCACCAGUACACAGCUAUGGUAUUGUAUUUUGCAUUUCCACCUUUUUUGAAGGAUCAUUUCACCUUUCAGAAGAAUUUCAGCUGUCAAAAGUCUCGCUCAUACCUCUUUAAGAUCACCACCUGGCUCUAAAUUAUUUGUGUAUUGAUGUAUAUUUUCUGUGAUUUCUUACAUUGGAAAACAUGCAUAUGUGUGUUCUGUUUGAUGUACUGUUUUGAAGCACCACCUAAUACAUGUCAGCAUUCCUAAAGAACAACUGCAAACCGAGAUCAUUUGUGUGACUGCUCUUGCUGCAGAUAAGGGUCUAAUUUAAGGUUUGAUCUCACAUCCAUUAUAUAAAUACAAGGUUUGUAUUAAUUCACACAUCUCUGCAUGCAUUGUACUGGGAGAACAGAAUUCAGUGCCUUUUGUAUUUCAAUAUUGAAUAUAACGUCUAAUAAAAUGCUUUGCUUUCA